CAGAGCUUCUCUUUCUCUCUCCCUGAGGUUCGCUGCGGUUGCGCAGCUGAAGGAUUUUGCUUCUCGUCGGUGGGUCGAAUUUGAGUCGCGGCGGGCACGAUGACGACGAGACUGAAAAAGAACAGGAAGAAGAGAGGUCACGUUAGUGCUGGACAUGGAAGAGUCGGCAAGCACCGAAAGCAUCCCGGAGGUCGAGGAAAUGCCGGAGGUAUGCACCACCACCGAAUUUUGUUCGAUAAGUGGCAUCCUGGAUAUUUCGGAAAGGUCGGUAUGAGGUACUUCCACAAGACCAUGAACAAAUUCCACUGCCCUAUCGUGAACGUGGACAAGUUGUGGUCUUUGGUCCCCGAGGACAUCAAGGCUAAAGCAAACGGCGACUCUGCCGCUCCAUUGUUAGAUGUUACUCAACACGGCUACUUCAAGGUUCUUGGCAAGGGAGGUCUCCCCACGCAACCUAUGGUGGUCAAGGCGAAGUUUUUCUCCAAACUUGCCGAAAAGAAGAUCAAGGAUGCCGGAGGCGCCGUCAUCCUCACUGCAUAGAUUGUCCUGUGAAUACUGUACUGAGAUUCUUGGUGCUGAGUUUUUGUGCGGCAUAUUUUUAAUGAUGAAACGAGAAACAGAGUCAGAAUCUUCUCUCCAUUCUUCAAAACGAUUUCAUUUACAAUGCUUCCCCUAGCUCCGAAAUCUUGCUUAUGAUGCGUUUGUGUUUGAUUGCGUCCAUUAUAUCGUUGUUGUCUUAUGGAUGAAUAUAUAAGACAUGAGUUUUUAGUUAGUGGGUACUCGACGGGUAGAGCUUGUACUCGUCAGUUUUCACGAAAUUAUUGAUGGACGGAAUGCAGUUGGUUAUGAGAUGCGUCAAAUGAAUCGACGUUACAUUAUCUCAGAGGUGUUAUUGUUCCGAGAAGCUCAGUGUUCAGUGCUCAGUUACAGCUUUGUCAAUAGUGUUGUUAUUCCUGCAAUCUGCAAGUAGCAUUCUAGUUUGGUUGAAAAUUAUUGAAGUCAUUUAGGACUGCAGUGCCUUGCAAGCUGACUUUGAGUUGUUGGAAAUGAGGCCUCAAAGGAAGUUUACAAUUUCGAUCUUGAUCUGCUUCUGUACCAGCACGAUCAUAGAAAGUAGGCUUCUAUGAUUGAUCCGAUUGGUACUUUACCCACCUUACCCGUCGGCUGGGGCACCUGGAAACCGGAUUGAGGUUUUAGCCCACGCACUAGUAAACCCGGAUGUCGAUAAACUUCGACUUUUAAUAAAGAGCAGACCACUUUUAGGCUCUAGCAGUUUGUGAAGAGAAGUUCUUCUGUCGUCUCUGCUCCAGGCCUCUGUCUAGACCGUAAGGAGAGUGAGCG